AACAGCACAUCAUCACAUUCACUAUGGUAGGUGGAGACAAGAGCGCAGCUGGAGACCCGUCCAGGCAGCAUCUCAUCGCACAAUUCUUAGUGAGCCUGACCUGACUCUGCUCACUCAGGAUCCAAAUCUGGUGCUUUUUAAUGCUUAUUUGGAGAGGAAUCAUGGAGCAUUCACCUAAAUUAAAGGGAAUUUUCAACAACAACUGCAAAAAUUGGAAAAGUCGUUUUUUAAACAUGUUUUGUUGUUCAUCCAUUUUACGCGCGCCUUUCUUGUACAGUUUUUUUUUUCCUUGUGUAACUUUGUUUCUUUGCUUUCAGAUGCUUUCAUCCUGUAUGCGUUCAGCAGUGCUGGGGCUGCUGUUGUCACUGUCUGUUAGCGUCGCCUCGCCGCCAAAGACCUUCGAUCACCAGGAUCCGAUCACCGGUAAGCCGGUCACGUGUGACCGCUGCCCGCCGGGGACGUACCUAAGCGCACGCUGCUCGUCGACGCAGAGGAGCCAGUGUGCUCCGUGUCCGUCGGGUUCCUUCACCGAGCUCUGGAAUCACAUCAGUAAAUGCCUCAGAUGUGGCGUCUGUGGCCACAACAUGAUCGAGAAGACGGCGUGCACGGCAAACACCGACUGCCAGUGUGAGUGCAAACCGGGCUACUUCUUCAAGGAAGACUAUGAGAUGUGCGUCCGCCACAGCGAAUGUCCGGCCGGGCAAGGAGUGGAGAGCAAAGGUACAGCCAACGCAAACACAGUGUGCCACGUUUGCUCCAACAACACCUACUCUGACGUUUCCUCGGCUCACCUCAACUGCACGCAGCACCAGACGUGCAGCGACGCAGAGCUGCUGAAGGGCUCCACCUGGCACAACAGUGUGUGUGCAACCUGCAGCGAGCUCAAAGACGGAGGUGAGUACCUCAAAGAAAUACUUGCGCCGUUCUUCGUCCACCAUAAAAUGAACAUCAAGCGUUUGCGUCGGGUCGUGCACAGGCUCCCGUCCGAGGACGGCAAAAGACAGCCAGGAACCUCAGAACUUAACCUCUCAGAGCUUCGUGAUCGCAUCAACACUUGGGCCGCCACUGCAACACCGAAGCAGAUUCGGGAGCUUCCAGGUAUUCUGGAAAACACAGGAGCAAGUGGCGUUGGUGAGAGACUACAGAACAAGCUGCAGCGCAUUGACACUAAUCUCAAAGAGCAGUGCUCUCUGGGAAAUGAGGUGCAUGUAGUUUUAUAGCUGCAAUAGGCCAUGGUAGAAAAUACCUUGUUAUAUGUGUCAGAUUUUAAUUUCUCCGGUAUUCAUUUAAGAAAAAUAGAAAAAAAAAAAUUCUGCCCUAUUUAAGAUGCACUGUCUUUAGGCUUUAGUACUUUGUGUAUUUAAAGGAGAAUACCAUUAAUUGAGAGGAAAAGUUCAUUAGCUUUAUUUUCCAUCCGCCUGCUUCACGUUUGCUCUGUCAAACAAUUUCUGUUUUAAACAAUCGCAGCAAAAAAUCUGAUUUUUGUCACCAAGCUUGAAAUGACCCGCUGUCCUGUGUAAUCACAUUUAGUAUGAAAUGAAUAAAUGCAUGACAGAUACCGCAAGACAACUUGGUUUAAAGGACACUUCAUUUCAGGCCAGGUGAUUGACAGGGAAUCAUAAUACACACCUACAAAAACAUACAUUUCUCACAGAUUUACUAAGAAAAAUGGUAUCUGGUAUAUAAGUGUACCCUUUCAUGUUCAACUUUGCAGCAAAAACACAAAAUUGCACUUCAUACAGCAACAAGCACUCAACCCUAAAAUUCUUGAGUUCUAUUUCUGGGAUUGAAAACAGACAGACAACCUGCAGAAUUGUCACUUAAAAUCAAUAUGAAUUUAAAUAACACCGGUAUUAACCUUUGAAGAACAAGUGUUGACCUACAGUAGAUCUACCUCCAGUUAUGCCUGCAGCUUUACCGACCAAGGUAACGCCAAAGAUGUUCUAGGUUUAUUUGUGUAACAGCCUGAUAUAUGAAGUCUGAUUGUAAUUUAUUUCUAUUUAUGAGGUAUCUGAGAGAAAUGGUGGUUUAUCUGUUGUGCUUACGUUAGUUUUAUAUAGAAAGAAAUUAUGUGUUGGUCUUGGCUGCUCUGAAGGAUGCUCAAAUAAAAAUUAUUUCAAAUCUAAUCAAAGGCAGUCUGUUUCUAAUUCCAUUCACAAAUGAAGUUUAUCAGAAAUAAAAGCACUAAAUUACCUGAAGCAAACAGAAACAAGCCAUACUAAGAUGGAAAUUUACAGUUGUGAACGAAAGUUUACAUACACUUGUAAAGACCAUGUAUAUCAUGGCAGUCUUGAGUUUCCAAUAACUCCCAUAAUGUCUGUGGAAUCAUUGUAACACAUGCAUAUUUGUCACAAAAAAUAAACACAAAAAAAUCCU